AUGCCCCCAAGCGGCUCUACCACGACCACCAUGCGGUCGACCGCUGGUAUGCCCAAGGGUCCUGACCGUGAUUCCAUUCAGGAUACUUGGGGCUACCUCGCCUCUGGCAUCACCAAGAUUAUGACCGAUCUUCAGAAUGGCAUGACCAUGGACGAUUACAUGGGCAUCUACACUGCCGUCCACAACUUCUGUACCUCGCAGAAGGCUCAUCCCAUGACCAACAGUGCACCCGCAUCACCCAGCCUCGGUGGCAAUCAUAGAGGAGCACACCUUUUGGGGGAGGACCUUUACAAGAAGCUGAUGGACUACCUCGACCAGCACCUCAAGGACCUGCUGGACCGAGCUCUGCAACACACGGAUGAGGCGUUGCUCACAUACUAUAUUAAGGAGUGGGAGCGCUUCACCAACGCCGGAAAAUAUGUCCACCACUUGUUCCGAUACCUGAACCGGCACUGGGUCAAGCGAGAGAUGGACGAAGGCAAGAAGAACAUCUUUGAUGUGUACACCCUACAUCUCGUGCAGUGGCGUGGCGUUCUCUUCGAGAAGAUCGACGAGAAGGUCAUGGAUGCUGUCCUGAAACUGGUCGAGAAGCAACGUAACGGCGAGACGAUCGAGCACAGCCAGAUAAAGCAGGUUGUUGACUCUUUCGUGGCCCUCGGCUUGGAUCCGUCUGACCCCAGCAAGACGACCCUUGACUGCUACCGAUAUCACUUCGAGCGACCUUUCCUUGAAUCAACCAGGCUUUUCUACCAGAGGGAGAGCAAGCAGUUUCUCGCCGAGAACAGUGUUGUGGAGUACAUGAAGAAGGCUGUUGCUAGACUCGACGAGGAAGAGGAGCGCGUCAAGCUGUAUCUUCACCCAGACAUAGCGGUGUCGCUCAAGAUGGCUUGCAAUGACGCAUUGAUUAGAGACCACGCCAAUCUUCUCAGAGACGAGUUCCAGAUCUUGCUGGAGAAUGAUCGCGAGGAGGACAUGGCAAGAAUGUAUGAUUUACUUGCUAGGAUCCAGAACGGCCUGGAUCCUCUUCGCGCCAAGUUCGAGGCUCACGUCCGUAAAGCUGGCUUGGCCGCGGUGGCCAAGGUUGCACAAGACGCCGAGAAGCUCGAGCCUAAGGUUUACGUCGACGCUCUUCUGGAGAUCCACGCACAAUACCAGGGACUUGUCAAGCGGGCGUUCAAGGAUGAGCCAGAGUUCACGAGAUCACUUGACAAUGCCUGUCGCGAGUUUGUCAACCGCAACGACAUGUGCAAGUCAGGGUCCAACAAGUCCCCUGAGCUCCUUGCCAAGUACACAGAUGUCCUGCUUCGCAAGAGUGGCACUGGUGUUGAGGAGUCGCAGUUAGAAGAAACACUGGGCCAGAUCAUGACGGUUUUCAAGUACAUCGAGGACAAGGAUGUUUUCCAGAAGUUUUACUCGCGGAUGCUUGCUCGCCGGCUUGUCCACAGCAACUCGUCUUCGGAUGACGCCGAGACCAGCAUGAUCAGCAAGCUGAAGGAGGCAUGCGGCUUUGAGUACACGAACAAGCUCCAGCGAAUGUUCCAGGACAUGCAAAUUUCUAAGGACCUCAACGCUGGCUUUAAGGAGCACACAAGCGGUCUUGAGGACUCCUCGUUGUUGGAUUCAUACUACAACAUUCUUGGUACUGGUUUCUGGCCCCUGACUCCUCCGUCGACCACUUACAAUCCACCAGCCGAAAUUGCGGCAGACAUUGAGAGGUUCACGAGAUUCUACAAGCACAAGCACGAGGGCCGAAAACUGACAUGGCUCUGGCAACUGUGCAAGGGCGAGCUGAAAGCCAACUACUGCAAGAACAGCAAGACGCCGUACACCUACCAAGUGUCUUUGUAUCAGAUGGCGGUCCUGCUACUCUUCAACGAGAACGACCAGAACACGUACGAGGAAAUUGCCGAGGCGACGCAAAUGAAUGCAGAGAGCCUGGAUCCCGCCCUUGGAAUACUUUUGAAGGCCAAGAUUCUUACCAUGUCGCCUGAAGAUGGCAAGCCCGCCAAGGGCAAGACCUUCCACCUAAAUUACGGCUUCAAGAGCAAGAAGAUUCGGGUCAAUCUCAACAUUGGAACCAAGUCAGAGUCCAAGCAGGAGGAGGUUGAGACGAACAAGACCAUCGAGGAGGAUCGCAAGCUUCUGCUUCAGUCGGCGAUCGUUCGGAUCAUGAAGGCACGGAAGAAGAUGAAGCACCAGCAGUUGGUGAGCGAGACGAUCAACCAGAUCCGGUCGAGGUUUGUCCCCAAGGUGGCGGACAUCAAGAAGUGCAUUGAGAUUCUCUUGGACAAGGAGUACCUAGAACGUCUCGAGGACGAUGAGCUCGGCUACCUCGCAUAG